AGCUAAUGGAAAUAUUAAAUACACCUAUCUGGUGGGAGGCUUUGGCGGAUCACCAUACUUGCGCAAACGUAUUCUAAACGAGUUUUCUUUCGGGCACCCAUUACACAUUGGGAGUUUAAUCCAGGAUAUUCGAGGUGAUACAGCAGCAAUGCGGGGUGCCUUGAUUUAUGGUAUUGAAGGCAGUAGAUAUGAGCCUCAAUUUGAUGUUGUACUUUACAAAUACGAAAAUGCUGCCACAUCGCAAUACAAUGCUCUUGUUUGUUUAGGUGAUAAAUAAUAUCGACAUAAUUUUAUAAGUGACUUAUACUGUCAUUCUAUUUGUCAAUAUCGGAUACGACGAGAUCGCGUGUUCCUAUAGAGAUUUAAGAAAUAGUGAUGACAAUAUGACAGACAUCGUGGACUGGCCGGGUUUAGAUUGGCAUAAUCCUUUUAUCCCCACAGCAAAAGAAACAUUGGAAGGGAAAACAUUAUGGGGAGCUCAAGUUAAAGAGACUGGCAUCCGUGAUCCAGGGCCGUUUGUUACGUUGAGUAGGCUUAUGUCUGCUAUGAAGGGAAUUUUUAAGGGAUAUCUUGUUGAAUUACUCAAGCAUGUGCUGGAACAUGUGCACGACUCAAUUAUGAAGACCAAUCCGGAACUUUUAAAAAAAGACAAGUACAGAUAUGUUAUCACUAUGGAAAACUGUUAUCAAUUCUUUGGAAACAAGUCCGAAAUGCGUAAAAUUGCUCAACUCGCCGGUAUAAUUAAAGAAGAUGAUUCCGCCAAACGACUAUUGCUUAUUCGCCGAGAGGAUGCUGCAGCUAUAUAUUUUGAAAAGAACAAAUUCUCUGGAGAAAAGGCGCAAAUGACACACCAAAAGACAGCGAUGCUAAUCGAUCUGGGGAAGGGACUUCAGAUAGAUUUAGAAAUGUCCGGGGCAUGAGAUCCGCUACAUUUGGGUUUGACCUUGUUGCUAGACUUGUUACAAAUUUGAGCUUGUUUAUAUCAAAUACUACGAAACUUUAUCGGAUAUCUAAGGGGAGGAAAAAACGUGAAGAAUGAUAUAUACAAUGAAGAAGCAGCAAACGC